UGCGUCUGCUCCAUGCAGGGGACCGGCUUCUCCUGUCCCAGCGGAGUGGGGGGGCGGCCCCCGCUCACAAAGGUGGUCACUGGGGACAUCCUGGUGGACGUCACCGGACGCAACGUGGCCCGAGUACCUCUCUACACCUCGGAUAGUCGCCUGCACCGAUACGGCGGGAUCACAGUGGGCAACAUACAGAAAUCCGUCCCAGCAUCCUUUGGGAGGAAGACGCCGCUGGUGCGCAAGAUAGCGGUGCGCAGAUCCGCCCAGGUGCUGUUCAACAACAAGGGGUACCACAGCAUGCCGACCUAUCUCAACGUCCUCAACAAUGCCAUCCUGCGUGACCUGCCUGUGACAAAGGGAAACCCUGCUGCAUAUGGGAUAACGCUGACGAACCACCCUAUGAAUCGAACCAGUGCCAGCCUCUCCCUGGACUACUUGCUCCAGGGCACCGACGUGGUGAUCGCCAUCUUCAUCAUCGUGGCCAUGUCGUUCGUCCCGGCCAGCUUUGUCGUGUUCCUGGUCGCGGAGAAGUCCACCAAGGCCAAGCACCUGCAGUUUGUCAGCGGGUGUGACCCUGUCAUUUACUGGCUGGCCAACUACAUAUGGGACAUGCUCAACUACCUGGUGCCGGCCACAUGCUGCGUCCUUAUCCUGUUUGUGUUUGACCUUCCGGCAUACACUUCCCCGAACUUCCCUGCAGUCGUCUCGCUCUUCCUGCUCUACGGGUGGUCCAUCACUCCGAUCAUGUACCCCGCCUCCUUGUGGUUUGAGGUCCCCAGCACGGCCUACGUGUUCCUCAUCGUCAUCAACCUGUUCAUCGGCAUCACGGCCACCGUCGCCACCUUCCUGCUGCAGCUGUUUGAGCACGACAAGGACCUGAAGCGAGUGAACAGUUACCUGAAGACCUGUUUCCCUCUCUUCCCCAACUACAACCUGGGCCACGGACUGAUGGAGAUGGCCUAUAAUGAAUACAUCAAUGAGUACUAUGCUAAAAUAGGUCAGUUUGACAAAAUGAAGUCUCCAUUCGAGUGGGACAUUGUGACGAGGAGUCUGGUUGCCAUGACAAUCGAGGGGUUCGGUGGCUUUCUCAUCACCAUCCUCUGCCAGUACAACUUCCUCAGGAAACCUCAGAGAGUCCCAGUCAGCUGUCAGCCCAUUGAGGACGAUGACGUUGACGUGGCCUGUGAGAGACGGAGAGUGCUCCGAGGAGACGCGGACGCCGACAUGCUGAAGAUCGACAACCUCACCAAGGUCAGACCUCGUGACAAGUCCAGGAAGAUGGGGCGGAUCCUGGCGGUGGACCGGCUAUGUCUGGGCGUGCGUCCUGGGGAGUGCUUCGGGCUGCUGGGGGUGAACGGAGCAGGGAAGACCACCACCUUCAAGAUGCUCACUGGGGACGAGAGCACCACGGGGGGCGAGGCCUUCAUAGGAGGGAACAGCGUUCUGAAGGAGUUGCUGCGAGUGCAGCAGAGUAUCGGGUACUGUCAGUUCGACGCUCUCUUCGAGGACCUGACGGCCAGAGAACACCUGGAGCUCUACACGCGGCUCCGGGGCAUUCCCUGGAAGGACGAGGAGAGGGUGGUUCAGUGGGCUUUGGAGAAACUGGAGCUGUCCAAGUACGCAGACAAGCCUGCAGGGACUUACAGCGGGGGGAACAAGCGCAAGCUGUCCACUGCCAUCGCCCUCAUCGGAUACCCCUCCCUCAUCUUCCUGGACGAGCCCACCACCGGGAUGGACCCCAAGGCGCGCAGGUUCCUGUGGAACUUAAUCCUCGACAUCAUCAAGACGGGACGCUCGGUGGUGCUGACGUCACACAGCAUGGAGGAGUGCGAAGCCUUGUGUACCCGCCUGGGGAUCAUGGACGGCACGUUUAAGUGUCUGGGCAGCAUUCAGCACCUGAAGAACAGGUUUGGUGAUGGGUAUAUGAUAACCGUGCGGACCAAGACCAGCUCCAGCGUGAAGGAAGUCGGGAGAUUCUUUAACAGGAACUUCCCAGAGGCUGUCCUAAAGGAGCGGCACCACACCAAGGUACAGUACCAGCUGAAGUCCGAGCGCAUCUCCCUGGCUGAGGUGUUCAGUAAGAUGGAGCAAGUGGUGGAGGUGCUGGGCAUAGAGGACUACUCUGUCAGCCAGACCACUCUGGACAACGUGUUCGUGAACUUUGCCAAGAAGCAGAGCGACAAUCUGGAGCAGCAGGACAGCUCCCCCCCUGGUGGUGGCCAGUCGCCAUUACAGCGCAUGCUCAGCCUGCUGAGGCCCCGUACGGCCAACACAGAACUGAGCGCCCUGGUCAGCGAGGAGCCGGAGGAGCUGGAGAGCGACGACGACGACGAGGGCCUCAUCAGCUUCGAGGAGGAGAGGGUGCAGCUGUCGUUCAACACCGACACCCUCUGUUGAACGGUGGGCUCUCAGAGAGAACCUGGCUGGACAGAGAGCCAGUGACCGGGAAAGUAAAUGACCGUGAUCGUUGGAGGCCUCUGUUUGAGGUCAGGGAGUGAAUGCACUUGUUUUUACUGUGAAGAAGACCUGUGGAAAUGAAUUAACGGAAUCAUUCCUAAAGGUGGGAGAGACUGAGCCAUCUGACCCAGAGGUACACCCUGUGUGGAACAGAGAAGAGAAUGAGUUGUGUGUUUCAUUGCCAACAAGCAAUGGUCUUGUAAAUGGUGGCAAAAGGGUUAGAGUCUGUAUCAUAGGGAUAAUGCACUGCUACAGUGAGAUCUUUUGCAUUGGAAUGUGUUCCUGGGAGCGUUUUCUGGAUUUGGAUUUGAGAAUGUAAUGAUGAGAACACUGGGAAACCCAUUUCAGAGACUGGAGCUUGAUUUGGUUUUCGUGUUGUUAGUGUGCUGAGUUACUACAGAUGAUGUCAUAAAGUAACAUAUCAACCCGUCUGAAAUGACAUUGUUGGGUUUAAUCUUUCAUCCGAUGUUUGGCGCUGUGAGUCAGUCUCGUUAUUGGUCAAACAUUUUCCCUGCCAAAGUACUGGUGUUCCUAGUAAGCCAGAGAAACAGCUCUCCCCCCUCCCCAAACCCCUCCCCA